ACGUGCUCUGCCGUUCAGAAGCCGUUUGGUUUCCUGCCGGUUGAAGUGGGAGCGAAGCUGAAACCUUUUGGUUGACAGAAAAUACAUAGGCAGCGAACCAAUUCAGCUAUACUCACAUUCAAAAACGCAUCGUCGAGAUGGGUACCCGGGAUGACGAGUACGAUUAUUUAUUCAAAGUGGUGUUGAUCGGAGACUCUGGCGUGGGGAAGAGUAACCUGCUGUCCCGAUUCACACGGAACGAAUUCAACCUGGAAAGCAAGAGCACCAUCGGCGUGGAGUUCGCCACCCGCAGCAUCCAGGUGGACGGGAAGACUAUAAAGGCUCAGAUCUGGGACACAGCGGGACAGGAGCGCUACAGAGCCAUCACCUCAGCGUACUACCGGGGGGCGGUGGGGGCCCUCCUGGUGUAUGACAUCGCCAAGCACCUGACCUAUGAGAAUGUGGAGCGCUGGCUGAAGGAGCUGCGGGAUCACGCCGACAACAACAUCGUCAUCAUGCUGGUGGGCAACAAGAGCGACCUGCGCCACCUGAGGGCAGUGCCCACCGACGAGGCGCGCGCCUUCGCGGAGAAGAAUAACCUUUCCUUUAUCGAGACCUCAGCGCUGGACUCAACCAACGUAGAAGAGGCUUUCAAAAACAUUCUCACAGAGAUUUACCGCAUCGUGUCACAGAAGCAGAUCGCUGACCGGUCGGCGCACGAUGAGUCUCCAGGCAACAAUGUAGUGGACAUCAGCGUUCCGCCCACCACUGACGGGCAAAGGGGCAACAAACUGCAGUGUUGCCAGAACCUGUGACCCCUGACCCUCGUCAGGAGCCGACCCCUCCCCUCUUCCCCUCUCGUUCCCUCUCACCAUUCAUCUUCGCUUUGCUCCCUUGUUGUGCUGCUGCUGCUUUCUCUUCACCCCUCUGUGUUUUCUGUGGAGAUUCUUCCUCGUCUAUGAAGCUGUAACUUUAUGGCAAACAUUCCUCUCUGUUCUUUUACUGUACCUUUUAUUACUUUUUUCCCAACCUGAACAUUUCCUCUCUCUAUCUUUUUUUGUUUUGUUUUGUUUUGUUUGAAACUGUGACAAGAUUUUACUUAGGCGCUGGGAAGUUGGGCACUGAUCAUGUGACCCGCUCUUGUGGAAGGGAUGGUGAGAGAUCAGUCUGACCCGAGCUGCCGGGGGUGCCUGCUCGCAUUAUCUGGGCUCCCUGUUCUGAGCAGGGCGUGAAAUGAGCCAGAGUGGUAGGGAUCUGAGUAGAAUCAAACAUUGGCUGACUUAGACACGCCUGUCAAAAAAUUGGCAAAUGAAUCAUCUCGUCAGGAUCACAGAGAUACCAAAGGAAGGCUGCGUGCCCUGUAGUCAGUCUCAUCAGAACAGUAAGCUGUCAAAACGACAAGUGGAUGUGACUUUUCUAAAAUAGUGUGCACUGUCUUUUAUUAUGAGUAAUAGUCGCUAGAUAUGCGCCCUUUUACUUUUAAUAAGAGUUCCUAUUUUCUCUGCAGUCUAUUUACAAUAUCUGGAUUUUUACUGCGACAGAAACGGUUGUCCUGUCAAUUAUAUUUCAUAUGCAUCAUCUUUAAAAUAAUGUAAACCACAUGCAUUGAAAAAUGCCUCAUGUUAAACCAACAACUAAAUAAGAUUGUAUUGACAAGUUGGCCUUUAUAAGAAUAGAAAUAAGUCUGGUUUUGCAUAUGGAGAAGCAGUGUCCUAGAAGAAGGGUACAAUCUUCUAGGACAAUAACUAGUACUAUAACUAGUAGAAUCAAGAAAACGUCUCUGUCGGGAUUGGCAGUGCUGCUUAUUUGGGGGAAGACAUGACUUUAGCAAAGCUUUUUAAAUGCCUUAUGUUGUCUCCAACUGGUAGAAAUGCCAUUUUGGAGUGUUCUUGCAAGUAAUUUCCUGUCACACAUCCAACAACUUGAAGCUUCACAGUUAAAUUCAUUUGUUCAUUGUCAAAUACCAAUGAAAUUGCACCAAACUGAAUUUUUCCUUUGAUCGGCAAACAAAUGUUUGAACACUAUUCAUUCUUUAAAGUCCCUGAGCUUCUUACUUAAUAAUACUAAGUUUCACGCCCUGCAAACACUUGUAUAUGUAGAAGUUCAGGUUACAUUGCAAGAUUGUAUCUCCUUUAUUUUGAUCAGCAAAUUAUGGGGUAGUAUAUGGUUGCCCCUUGCUCUUUUGCAUGUUGAUACUCCCUUGUAAAGUAUAUUAGACUCAUGAUUUAAUAUAGCAAUUUUACUAUGGAAGCAAUACCUAUCACGUUAAUGUAUAUAACCUCUUUAAAGAUAGCUACAGUCUCUUAAUUGGUUUACAAGGUCUGAGUUUUUGGCAUGAUCUUCUGAAGAGACAGCUUGUGGCCUUGUUGAAACAUUUCAGAAACCACCAGUAUUCUGGUAUUUCCUAACAGACAACCUGAUCUUGAAAUAGACACUCAAGAAUGCAUAGAAAUGCAAUGCUUAGAAUCUUGUGCAAUUCAUAGAGAAGCUAUGCUUGUACGCAAGAAUAAUCAAAUGUCUUAAAUAUUCUUUCUGGGUCAUAUAAAAAAGUAUAGUUAUGUGGUCCUAAGAACAAAAGCAGUUGAGUAUAUUCAGCCGAUACUGUUAGGCAAUUUAUUACAGCCUAGAUAAAACAUUUCUGAAUGUGAAACUUUUCCUUUUUGUAUGCUUGAUAACACCACUUCCUAACAGAUCUUUUUUCAUGUCAAAGUAUUCCUGGCAUUCAUAGAAAGCUAGUUAUGAGAAUUAGCCAGACCCUUCACCUGCAGAAAUACAGCAUUUGAAAUGAAUACCCUAUUAGUUGAUUUACAGAAAUGAGUUUAAUCAUUUUGUUUUGAAAUGUCCACUUGCAACACUGGAAAAUGAUUUUUAAGUGUGCUUUCUCAUUCACUUCCUGUUUCAGCAGUGGUUUCUAUAUUUUAAGUGCAAUCCACUAUGUAAAUAUAUAUACAUCACUUAAUUUGAGCAUGGUUAAUAUGUAUGGUGGAUAAAUAAGUUGCCAAACAA